CUCAACGCCACGAUACCGGAAUGGCUGAGACCUGACCCACACCUUUCCCUAUAAAUACCACCCCAGAAUCGAUGGAGAGUACAAUAUUAAAAUUAUUUCUUCAAUGCAAGGGAAACGCUGUUACUACUACAACUUUGGUGGUUUCCAGGUGUUGGUAAAGUUAGUUUAUACUAGCUAGCUACACCAAGAAGCUUUAAAACUUCUGCAAGGUUAGCUGCAGCAUCCUCUAAUUUUUUUGUGUGUGGCUUUUUGGGCGACCGUGACAAGUUUGGACAUUUCUUGCUUGCAAAGAGGGCCAGUAGAAGAAAUGGCAGAUUGGAAGUUACCAGUAAGCUACAACCAAUCCUACCACGGCUUUGCUUAUGGUCUCAUGUACCAAGCAGGGGCUGAGCAAAAUCAUCCCAACUUCUCCGGCUGGGCAGAGGCGGUGUACAACUCUGGGGUCAGCGGCGGCUACCACUUGCAAGCGCAGCAUCAAUCACCACCCAAGAGUCCCGAAUACAACAUUGGAGCUAGCAAUUCCCACUACCCAGGUUCUGUCAUGUAUCUCGGCGACCCUCACAGCCAUACUCCGAGUGGGCGCCUUUUCAUUUCCCAUAACCGGCCUCCAUAUGAUCAGCGGCCGAAGGAGACGGAACAGCCAAGUAGCAACACUCCAAGCGAAUCCGAGUCGCACAGAUCACCAGAUUCUUGGAGUUCGGAGAACAGCAACCCUCAAGCCAACCCCGCCACCUGUGUGAAAAAGGAGUUGGACGAGGAGACUGACAGUGUAAGCCCAGAUGGUAGUGAGCAUGUCUCCAGCUCCUACCCAGAGGAGAACACAAGCUUACAAAUUAUGGGGAGUGAGGACAACGCCGUGCAGUCGUUGCCCCCUUCUCUCCCAGAGAAAGCUGGCAAAAACAACCCCAGACAAAAAGCUCGGACUGCUUUCUCAACAGGCCAAAUGGAUGCCCUGACCCAUCGGUUUAACAUGCAGAGGUAUCUCUCCCCUGCUGAGAUGAAGGCCCUGGCUGAGCUGACGGGGCUAACUUACAAACAGGUAAAAACAUGGUUCCAGAAUCGCAGGAUGAAACUGAAGAGGCACCAGAAAGACAACAGUUGGGAAUCGGCUGGCUACCUCAACAUGCCACCACGCCCUCAGUUUCAGGGAGAACCCCAAACGCAGCGCCAGGACCAAGAGUUCCGAGAGGCCAUGUUCAAGAAGAGCCCUCAGCAGAACCUGCCUUACUACACUGGUGGAUACCCUCAGCCAUCCUCCUUUCCCCCCCAGCCCCCGGGAAACUGGCCCCCAGCUGUGACCCACUAAGUACCUAGAUGGUUUCUACAGCACAGCAUGGGCAGUGUAAAACACCACUCCAGCAUCAAGUGACGAAGGGAACCCUACUCACACAAACGGCUCCAUGCGCAUGACCCUGUUUUCACUAUGCUAGCCAAUAACCCACACAGGUGAACGUCUCGGUGGUAAAUCGACUGUUGUUUUUGUAAACGUAUUACAAUUUGUUUUGAAAGAUUCUUACAAUUAAUGUUGAGAUUCAGACACUGGUCAUUCUCAAAUGAUGCCCGGGGUGUUGGCUAAUUAGAUCAAUCCAUCUUAAUCAUUUGCAGGAACUUUUAUCCCUUGUUCAUAUGUUUUAUCACAAAAAAAGUGGCCUUAUUUUUAUAUACCUUCCAGAGUUCUUACCAGAGUAUUUAAUAUCGUUGAAGGGUUCUUUGCUCCUUGUGCUUUGACACUCCCAACUCUGACAAAAUGUUGCUGUGUCUGUUGGAAGUGGCAAGGUUUUAUUCCAUCACUAUUAAACUACUGCUGCUACGUGGGACACUUCUCACUGCACUGAGGGUUUGUGGUUCCAAGCUGCAGCAGUAUGAUCUUCAAUAUUACUUCUAUGUGUUUUGUUUUAAGUGUGUGGCACUGCCUUGCCCUCCAUGUUAGGGUUUUGUUCAGUAGGCCCAAAACUGGAAAAUGUAUUGGAACUGACAUGUGUUCAGAUUGGGUAAAAUCAAGUACUGCCUCUCCAGUUUUCAAGGUUUGGUGCCCCAGAACAUUUCCCAGAUUUUAAAAGUUAUGCUUUUUUUUUUUUUUUUUUUUUUAUUAACUAUUUGUAUCAUAAACCCUGUUGGUGCACAGGCCACCUGUAAUGAAAUGAUGUGGUCUUGGUGCUGGGAUUUACUUUUCUGUCUUGAUUACACAGGGCCUUUUU